CUGCAGCCUGGAGCUCCUCACCCCAACCGCUGCUCGCUGGGCUGGGGGUGAAGGGGUGGGGGAGCGACUCAGCUGCGGCGGCUGUGAGAAGAUCCGCCCUAGAAGAAUAAGAGCGAGGGAGUGCGGAAGGCAGCGAAAAGAGAGCGAGAUACCGACCCCGUCGGGCCGAGGAGGAGGAGGAGAAGGGCCAGGCUGAGCGUGGGACCGGGGAAGGAGGGAGGGGAGGAGAGACGCUCCUUCUUCUCCAACUUUGCGCCAGGCAGGCAGGGGCGCACAGCACUCUUCCCAGGAGGGGUCCCCGGGAAGCCAGGCAGCAACCUCUCCUCCCCCCACCCCUGGACAGUGACUACUUUAAAAUAAACCCUAGGGAAGCAGGGAGCGAACCAUGAAGGCGGCGGUGGACCUGAAACCCACCCUGACCAUCAUCAAAACCGAGAAGGUGGAUGUGGAUUUCUUCCCUUCCCCGGAUAUGGAAUGUGCAGAUGUGCCUUUGCUAACCCCGAGCAGUAAAGAAAUGAUGUCCCAGGCGUUGAAGGCCACCUUCAGCGGCUUCACGAAAGAGCAACAGCGUCUGGGAAUCCCCAAAGACCCCCAGCAGUGGACGGAGACUCAUGUACGGGACUGGGUGAUGUGGGCUGUGAAUGAGUUCAGUCUGAAGGAUGUGGAUUUCCAGAAGUUCUGCAUGAAUGGGGCUGCUCUCUGCGCUCUGGGCAAGGACUGCUUCCUCGAGCUAGCGCCUGACUUCGUGGGAGAUAUUCUCUGGGAACAUCUGGAGAUUCUGCAGAAAGAUGAGAUAAAGCCAUACUCAGCUAACGGAGUGAACCCUGCAUACCCAGAAUCCCGCUAUACAUCGGACUACUUCAUUAGUUAUGGCAUUGAGCAUGCACAGUGCGUGCCUCCGUCAGAGUUCUCUGAGCCCAGCUUUAUCACAGAGUCCUACCAGACCCUCCAUCCGAUCAGCUCAGAGGAGCUCUUCUCCCUCAAGUACGAGAAUGACUACCCGUCAGUCAUCCUGCGUGACCCUGUCCAGACGGACUCCCUGCAGACAGACUACUUCACGAUCAAGCAGGAAGUUGUAACGCCAGAUAACAUGUGCAUGGGGCGCACCAGUCGAGGUAAACUAGGGGGCCAGGACUCCUUUGAGAGCAUAGAGAGCUACGACAGCUGUGACCGCCUGACACAGUCCUGGAACAGCCAGUCGUCCUUCCAGAGCCUUCAGCGCGUCCCCUCCUACGACAGCUUUGAUUCUGAGGACUACCCUGCGGCGCUGCCCAACCACAAGCCCAAAGGCACCUUCAAGGACUAUGUUCGAGACCGGGCCGACAUGAACAAGGACAAGCCAGUCAUUCCUGCUGCUGCCCUCGCUGGCUACACAGGCAGUGGCCCCAUCCAGCUGUGGCAGUUUCUGCUGGAGCUGCUCACCGACAAGUCCUGCCAAUCCUUCAUCAGCUGGACAGGCGAUGGCUGGGAAUUCAAGCUCUCGGACCCAGACGAGGUUGCCAGGCGAUGGGGCAAGAGGAAAAACAAGCCCAAGAUGAACUACGAGAAGCUGAGUCGUGGGCUUCGCUACUACUACGACAAGAACAUCAUCCACAAAACGGCCGGCAAGCGCUAUGUGUACCGUUUCGUUUGUGAUCUGCAGAGCCUUCUGGGCUACACGCCCGAGGAACUCCAUGCCAUGCUGGACGUCAAACCCGAUGCUGAUGAGUGAAUUGGACCAGCCAGACUGUGUGGAAGGUUGUGUCGUGUCAGUCUGGAGAUUCGACGAGACCUUAAAUUUUUUUUUUUUGGCAGUUAAAUAUCUAUCUAUAUUUUUUCAAGAGCAACUCAAAUUUGACAUUUUUGAUGGGGAGAGGAGGGUGGGCAAAGUCAAGCUUUUGGCUGAAUCUGACAAUGUUUGGUUGGGAGAAGAAAGAUGGAACUUUUUAUUUGAAAGUUCUCUGAGAGAUUUUUUUGGGUUGAAUUUCUUAGUUUUAAGGAAGCCAGAAAAAUAUAGCUCACUUUAAAAAAAUUAAAAUAAACCCUCCCCAUCUCAUACCAUCUGGAAACAUUAUUAAUGAAAAGAUCCCCUUGAUUACUGUGUUACCAGCACAACAAACUGACAAUUCAGGAAGUGACAAGACUCCUAAGGAUUAUGUGAUUGAUUCUUUUAUUGAUGGGAGGGGCAAAGUGAAGGUGGAACUUUCUGUUUUGUGGGAGGGGAUGACAUAGGAAAAAACAAGAACAGUUCUUGUUACUUUGCUUUUCUGUCAGUUAUUUUUCUGUUACACAACAGAUUUUUUUUUUUUAAGGAGGGACCAAGAUUUUUUUAAUUAUUAUUUUGUUAAAAUUUUAUUUUAUUAAAUUUUGUGCCAGUAUUUUUUUUUAAAUAUUCUUAAGCUCUAAGAUGGUCUCCGUCUUGUAAUAUUGUGUGUGUAUGUAUGUUUCUUUUAUGCCAGCAAAGAGUUUUAUCACAGUGAAGAAAAACGAAUUGUUUAUGUAGACCCCACUGGAGAAGUGUAGUGCUCUGACUUAUGAUCUCUGAAUCUUAUGCGAAGGAAAAUGAGUGCCAAAUCAGCCACCAGAAAUGCUGAGAGGAUGCUUUGCAUUUGCAUUGAGUCCCAUGCACUUUGCUGUAUUGUUUGUUGCUAAAGGUGGAUGAAAUUUCUCAAAAGGAAAUUUUGUUGUUGUUGUUGUUUAAAAACAUCUUUUUGGGACAGCCAUA